GUACCAAAAUUUUUGGAUUUUUAAUUCAUUUUCUUUUUUGGACAUUCCAUCCCCUCCCGAAAAUUUUCCAAGUAACUUAGUGCUCGUUUCAGCAUUUUCUUUGUCGUUGGGCGAUCUGGAUUUGACUCAAAUCAAUUAUGAUUUAUCGCAUUUUUGUAAAAAUUUUAUAAAAUUAUCUGAAUUUUCCUUUUGUAUUUUAUUUUGUGCUUUAUUCAAAUUUUAUAUUUGUUAUUUUUUUGCGUAUCGCAUCGUGGUGCCAAACGCCGAAAUACCAAAUUAUCAGAAGCACCUAAAUGGCAAGCCAAGGGCGUAGCAGGGAGUCGAUUUCAGGGGGGCUAAAAUUGGGUACCCUCAAUUAUGAAUACGAUUCUGAUGAUGAUUGGGAAGAAGAACCAGCAGAUGCAGAUGAAUGCAAAUCUGAUGAAGAGGAAGAGAAAGACGUCCCAAUGGACUCUGACGAGGAGGAUGAUGGUUUCUUUGUGGAUCAUGGAUAUUUGUCGUCAGAUGAAGGCUCUCAGGGAGGGGAUGAUUUGGAUGAAAAUUGUGAUGUUGAAGGUUAACAUUU